CUAUUGUGUACUAUUAUGUACUGCCAUUGUGUACUGUAUAUAACAUUUUGUACUAGUAAAUUUAGGAGACUCCAAGAGCAAGAAACAAAAGUUCUCUGAACUUGGUGCGAAGUGGAAGGAAUUGACAGAUGGUCAAAAAGAGGAAUAUAGAGGGAAAGCUCGGAGUCUGAAUGAUUCCGAUGUUGCGGAAGGAUUCACUGAUAGGCAGAGAAGUAAAAGAAUUGUUAACAAUUUAAUGAAGGAGGUUGCAGAACUUGAUAAUAUAGAUGGAGUCGAAUGCCUGGUUAUCUGUGUGGAAGGUGGCAAUAUAUAUCAUGCCUCAACAAAAUUGGGCCAAAAGUUUCUUGAAGAAUAUCCGGAUACCUGUACAAAGUUUGGAAAUGUCAUUCAAAAUGUCUCCCUUAAUAACAAGAUAGAUGUGAGCGACAAAAUGAUUAGAACAAUAUUUAACAAAAAGUAUAGUACAUUAGUUGGCAAGGCUUCACCCUUGCCGUAUUCAGCAGCAGAAUCUCUUGGACUAAAGUUUAAUGGUUUGCCGUCCGAACUCAUAGACGAAUUGGGUUGUUAUCCAAAACAGCCAAACCAUUACGGGGCACAACAAAAGCGAAGAUUGUGGGAGAGAAGAAACUCCUUUUCUUUUUCUUUGCAGUCACACAUGGAAAUAAUCAAUACUGCAAGUAACAAUGCAUCAUCUUCUUCGACUUCAUCAAAUGUCAGUUCGUCAACUAGUACUGAUCCACUUUUGCCUCCAUCUACGUUACCUCCAAUGACUGCAUCUGAUCACCAAGUCCCACUUUCUACUAGCUUAAGACCAAGUACAUCAAGGGAAUCAAUUAGUACGCCUUCACAAUCCCAGCCUCAAGACCAUUCUUCCCUCGCUCCCAUGAACCAACCUGACAUGCAGCUACCUAGUCAGUCUUUGUCAAAGAAUGACGGCCAAGAACUAAUUGUUUCUCGAAUUAUUGAGCAAACAAUUUUUUUAAAUGCUUCAAAUGGGCUUUCACUACAGCUUAAGGAAGGUACAGUUUUUGGGCUUAUGGACGAGCGAAACAUGAUCAAAGGAACGGGAAAGGUUAUGGCAAAGCAUCAGUUACAUGGAAGACCAAUUGCGCCUGGUUGCCUUGUAGUUGAAGUGGUCAGCGUGAAAGAUAGUUGCGUCACAAAACCACCUGUACCGGGUGCAUUUGAUGAUGACGAGGCGGUACAUAUCGGAGGGUUUUACCUGUGGCCAAUAUCAAAGCUCUCUUUUCUUGGUAAGACCGGAAUUCAAGUUGGAAUCAACAAGUAA